CCCAAACUAACUUCCGUCUGUCAUUCAACGACACACGACAUUCAGCCUUUUUAAGUUUCUCAUUCACAGGAGCUGAAUAUUGUGAGCAGACACCAUGACGCUGUUUCACUUUGGAAACUGCUUUGCUCUGGCGUAUUUCCCUUACUUUAUAACAUACAAGUGCAGCGGGCUUUCAGAGUACAAUGCUUUCUGGAGAUGUGUCCAGGCUGGAGCAACCUACUUAUUUGUCCAGCUUUGUAAGAUGCUUUUCCUCGCUACAUUUUUCCCCACAUGGGAAGGAGGAGCUGGGGUUUAUGACUUUGUAGGGGAAUUCAUGAAGGCCACAGUGGACCUGGCAGACCUUCUGGGCCUCCAUCUUGUAAUGUCUCGUAAUGCCGGCAAAGGAGAGUACAAGAUCAUGGUGGCUGCUAUGGGCUGGGCAACUGCAGAACUUGUGAUGUCCAGGUGUCUUCCUCUGUGGGUCGGAGCCAGAGGGAUUGAAUUUGACUGGAAGUACAUCCAGAUGAGCUUUGACUCCAACAUCAGUUUGGUCCAUUAUAUCGCCAUGGCAGCAGUGGUGUGGAUGUUUACACGAUAUGACCUUCCUAAGAGCUUCAGGCUACCUGUUACUGUACUGCUGGCUCUCUGUGUCUACAAGGGCUUCUUAAUGGAGUUGUUUGUCCACGUCUUCCUGCUGGGCAGCUGGACAGUGUUGUUGGUGAAAGCUGUGCUGACUGGUGCCAUCUCUCUCUGCUCGCUGUUUCUCUUCACUCUUGUCCACAGCAACCAAGUAAAAGCCGACACCAUUGGAAUAAGCCUUCAACAGUAUGUUAAGUCCAGAUUGGACUGAGGUUCUCAAACAUCACAAGCUGAUCUCAAACCCUUUGUCAGUCCUCGUAUCACCAUGCAACACCAAAGACUACUGAAAAAUACUUGAGGAUGUUGGGUAUCUGGACUGGUCUGCUGUAUAAAACAGGCUAACGUACAAGCCACAAACUGGUAUGCUAACCAGUUCUUCCAGUUUGUUUUGUUUUUUUAUCUGUCUAUAUGGACUCCUGGUAGAAUACAUGCUCUCUCAGGGUAAAGCUGUGUUUCAGUCCAUCGGUGAAAACUGCAGGCUGAGUGGUGACAUCAAGAGGCUUCUGUAAUACGAUUGGCUUACUUUAACUGUGUUGGUUUUGUGGAAAGGUGAAUUUUGUACUAUAACAACCACAAAAUAAUUAAGUCUUUAUAACUAACAUAUUCCUUUUCUAUAUGUUGUCUAAUGAGUUGGCAUACUUAGUGAUAUAGUGAAAUGUACUGAGUGGAUUAAUGACAAAUGGAUGGUUUUUGAUAGUUCAUUGUGUGGCCAUAAAUGUAUCAAUUUAUUUAUAUGCAAGUAAACACUUUUUUUUUUGUUGAAAUUGUAUUAAAGAUUUAAAGUUGAACUCAGAAGACUCAAUGAGACCUGCAGUAUGAAUAAACUUGAGGGCUACUCUGACCACAUUAUGUAGACUUGUAAACAUCUGUGAUUUUGACAUUAAUAAAAAUGUCUUUUGUCUUA